GAGAGUUUAAACAAACCAGAGAGGCGGCAGCGAAGAUCAGAGCUCACACACACUCACUCACACACACACACGCUCAUACAGCUGUUCAGCGCUUAGGAAACUCUGGUGAGCUGUACUGGGAGCGAAGCUGAGAAGACAGAGUGAAACGUCUGUUCUCUGUAAAGCAGAGUUUACUGACGGAGACACAGCCGGGGACGUCCCAGGACAGAGCUGAAGGAGUUGGGAUAAAACAAACCAGACCUUUGCCCCGACCUCUCUCUGUCAGUCCCCCCUCCAGCCAAACCCCGACUGAAGCUACACAUUCUCCAGAGGAUCUCUCUGUCAGACGUUAGCUCACAGACUGAGAGGCUGUCUGGCCUGUUUCCAGAGGGUAACCAGUGGCUACAGCUGAACUGAUGGAAGCCCCGACCCUGGCUGAGAUGGGAGACUUGUGUCACCCCCGGUCUUCCUCUCCAGAGGGGGAGACAGUGUGUGCAGCUCUGGCCCGGUAUGAGAACACUCUCCGGGAUGCCAUCAGGGAGAUCCACGUGGACGUCAGCGCCUUUAAGCUGGGCAUGGAGCGUCGUCUGGAAGAGACGGCCAACCUGAGCGGGCCUCUCGGACGAGCUGUGGCUCAGCUCCAGCAGGAGAACCGGCAGCUCAGGAGUCAGCUGGAGGCUCUGACCCGACAGGUGGAGCUGCUGAGUGGGAUGACGUGUGACAGGAGCACCUUGCUGAACAACAGCCACAAUCACAAGAACCACCUCAGUGACAUUCAGGAGAACCAUCAGGAGAUUAAAGAGGUGAUCUACGGGAAGGGUCAGGCCCACACUCACACUCACAGUCACAGUCAGAGCCAGGCUCUGCUUCACAUCCAGCCCUGCAGCCUGGGGAGUCAAACCCAGACCUACAGCAGCCUCAGCAGUCAGUCCAGUCCUGCGUCCCCACCUGCCACCUUCUCAUCCUCUCCCAGCUCCAGCAGUCCUCCUGUUGGCUCCAGAGUUACGUCCAUGAUGACGGGCCCACUGUCAAGCAGCAGCCCCUCCACGACCCGCUUCUCCAGUCGAGCCACAUUCGCCGUGUCCAGCAAGACUAACAGUAUUGAACGAGAGGAGCCAAUAGAGGUGGACCCCACCCCAACACAUGCUGGACUGGAGAAUGGACACGCUGUCACCACAGAGAAUUCAGAGUUGGUACAUGGUAAAAUUUCUCCACCCAAUGACUUCCCACACGAGCACACGGCCCCUGUCGCCAUGCGGAUGCCCCAUCUGCCCAUCACCGCCACAACCAAAACAGCAGAAAUAAAGGGCCCUGACUCUCCCAGCAGCCCUGUUGGUUCUCGUUCCCCUCCACUCUCCGACGCCUCACCUACUGGCCAAUCAGCUGCUAGCUCCAACCAGAUCCAACCAAUAGAGGAGUCUCCAAUUCAACCAGUAUCUUCUACAUGGACACCUACACCUGUCAGAACUCUGGGAUCUCCCCGCCUUCAGGAGAAAGCAAACUCAGCCCCGCCCAAGUCUGUGACCUACUCAGGGUUAUUGCAGAAUGACAGAGACAAUGAUGUAAGCAGUGGCAGAUCCUUUGGGCAGGUAGGAGAGAAGAGGCUGGUGAGGUCGCAGACUCUACCACGAAACAUUGGCGCUCAGGCUCGUCGAUCUAUCUUUGAAAGACUGGACUCUGAAGCCAGUAACAGUCGCCCCAAACCAGUGGAGUCUAAACCCAAACUGAAGCGGUCUCAGAGUUUUGGAGUUUCCAGCGCCAGCAGCAUCAAACAGAUUCUUCUCGAGUGGUGUCGCUCCAAGACCAUAGGCUACCAGAACAUCGACAUCCAGAACUUCUCGUCCAGCUGGAGCGAUGGGAUGGCUUUCUGCGCUCUGGUCCACUCCUUCUUCCCCACUGAGUUUGAUUACAACUCUCUGUCGCCCGCCAACCGCAAACACAACUUUGAGCUGGCCUUUGGAACUGCAGAAGUGAAGGCAAGCUGCGACCGGCUGAUCGAGGUGGAGGACAUGAUGAUCAUGGGUCGUAAACCAGACCCCAUGUGUGUCUUCACCUAUGUCCAGUCCCUCUACAACCACCUGCGCAAGUUUGAGUGAAGCUCAGAAUUGGAGGAUCUAAAUUUUCUGCACAGUUCUCCUUUUAUACUCAACAUUUUUCAACCUCUUCAUUCUCUUCUUUGAGCUGAGUGGAGACCCAGAGCUGCUGUGGGAGCACUUUGACAAGACUACAGCUCCUCCUGGUGGUGGAUAAAUGAACAUUCACCCACACGCUGCAGGAUAUCACUCCACAGACACACAGUGGAGACUCACGGGGAUAAUACUCUGUGUGUGUGUGUGUGUGUGUGUGUGUGUGUGCAUGCUGAGAUGAUGAAUUUACACACAAAUAUCAGGGUUGGUCUGUUAACAGUAGUUUAUUUCUGUAUGUGUGUAUAUGUGUGUGUAGUUGAGAUAUAUUGGACGAAGAGUGCUGUGUUGUAUAAAUCCUUAUUAUCACCACAUGUUUGAGAGUGAGUGUCUGUAUUAACCUUUAAUGUUGCACCAGAGGAGGAUGUGUGUUUCACAGAUGUCACUGAAUAAUUAAACUGUAGGCUGUAGGCCACUGUGGGGCUAAAGAUCUGAUGAAAUACAGUGGAGUUGAUUGCUGACUGAUUUUACAUCCACAUAUGCUGUGACACUGAGAUGAUGCUGAGACAUGGAAAAUGAACUCAAUAAAUUUUACUGUCUGACACCGA